AUGGAUAGACGACGUUUAUCUGUAAAUUUUGUUGGUCGUAUAAAUAAUAAUGAUUAUCCACAAUUUACUGGGAAUGAACAGUUCUUACGUCGAUUAUCUGAUGGUCCGUAUCCUACAUCACCCAGAAAUCACUAUCAUCCAUUUCAUCAUCCACAAUAUUCUGAUUUUAUGGAUCCUACUAAUCCUCGUAUGAUGAGGAAAAAUUCAUCAAUUAAUGUACUACUAGAUUCAACAUCAUCUGUUGUACGUAAUGCUACUGCUAAUUUUUCUUAUUUAAUUGGAUCAGCUCGUCGAGCAUCGUGUGCCGGUGAUCUGGAUCCAUCAGUACAAAUGAGUGGCAAUCGUGGUUCACUCUAUCUUCAAUCGCUACAACCUCCAUCUAAUCAUUCUCCACGACUUCAUCAUUGUCUUCCUCAUGAACAAACUAUUCCAAACGAAGAUCAAAAACGUCGUCGUUCAGUAACAAUUUAUGACGGAAAAAUACCUUCACCUCGUUCUGCUUCACCAUCGAUAAUACCAUUUGAUCUAAUAACACCAAUGGAAGCAAUCGAAAACACAAAUGAUCCUGCUGAAUCUUAUGUUCAAAUUGUUCUUGAAACACCUGAACAACCAAAUAAAAAAUUUUUCUAUAAUUCUGCAUCAUCAAGUAAAUAUUCAUCAACUGAAAAUAUUUAUCGGUAUAAUAAUUUGAGUGAACAAUUUGAUAAACCGAAACGCCGUUCAUCAUUCGCUAAACAGUCACUUUCUCCUGUUCCAAUAAGUACGCAAGAGAAAGAUAAUUCAAAAACGAUCGAUGAUGAACAACCGUUUGAUCCAACCGACACUUACUGUGUACCACCACUGAUCGUUGAACCAAUGGAUUUUUCAUUUCUUGAACCAAUUCUAAAAGGUAAAAGUGCAGAACCACCGCCCUCACCUUCUCGAACACAAAGUCAGUCGCGUUCCAUCUCGAUUGCAACGACAGAUGAUAUCAUCGAGACGCAUGAUAUAAAAAAAAGUUGUUUAAACUCAAUAUUGAGUUCAAUGUCGAUCGGUUCGAACACAUCUACCGACUCUUCGAGCUGUUUAUCGUUAUCUGUCGAAAAAGAUCUACCUGGGCAUACGUCAUUUGAGACAAAUUCAACGGUGAUGCGUCGAAAGAAAAAUGGUGAUACGAUACUCAUAUCAAAUAUGAAACACGUAAAUAAUCCUUCUGCCACAUUACAGGUGCCCUUGUAG